AUGGUUUUGCUCACAGAUCAGCUAUCAGAUAUACAGUCGCCCGAGUUUCUGGCCCCGCCCACGCCCUCGGCCUCGCUCCUCGAUUCCAGCUCGCUCCUUGCUCGCUCUUCCGCACGGACCAAGAAGCAUGAGAGAAGUAGAAGUCUAGGUUUGAUUGACGCUGCCCGUGUGAGGUUGUCCCAAGAUGUGAGUUCAUUGGCACGCCUUCCCCCGGGCUCUCAUAACCAGCAUAGGACGUGCCUAACACGUGUUGCCGUUCUCUCCCAUCUCGCAUUGUUGCAGUUUCGCGCCCUCAUCUGCUCCACCAACAAACUACAACGCAUCGACAGUCUCUCUUCGGUUCAGUUCGAAGACCGUGAGGAUACAAGCUUUGUUUACCCGGAGUAUACAACAAACCAGAACGUGCAAUUUGCUGAUUUAGACACAGAGCCAAUGGAGCCUCAUACAGAUGAGAGACAUGGUAGAGGACUGGGGAGGAAGAUUGUAGAGUUUUUGAGCCGUUCGCGCUCGCGUUCAAAAAAGAGGCGUUCGCGUUCUCUUGAUGCAGCUGUGGGUCAUGUUCCAAUGCCGUCGGACAGUGCUUCUGUUGCUAUGUAUGCACGUCGUUCCAGUUUGGAAGCCGACGUUCAGGACAUCCAGGCAACCUCCCGUUCGUAUUCCCGUUCAGCAAGAGUACCUUCGCGUCCCUUGUCUUCGUCAGCUGCGGCUUCUAAUUCCACUGCAAGGCCGUUGCCCAGGAAGCCGCACAAAUUGCGCCCCUCGUCACCUCCCAGGCCAGCUGCACCUGCAUGCCCUCUUGACAUUCGUACCGAAGUCGUCAUUUUGGAGCAGCCUGUUGCAGACUCUUCGAAGAAGGGCAGGAAGAUGAAUAUCUUUGGCCUUUCUAUUACCAGUCCGCGCAAAGCGUCCUUUGGUGAGUCAAAGAAGCCCAAGUCUCGGCCACCUACCCCAGGCUCGCAGCCGAGUGAGAAGGAUGGAGAACGUGGGCUCUGGGGCGGUCGAUUUCGUUCUAAUUCCGGCCCAACUGUUCAUAAAUCUCAGGAUGGCUCGAAACAUGUCAUCAAAGGGGACAUACUCUGGGAAAAUAGUAGACCAAAGCUACCGAAUGUCGCCACUUCGCAUUCUCGUCCACUCCCCGUCCAUGUUAUGAAGGACCACAAUACGCAUGGCGAGUAUGCAAACUUCGAGACAGAUCCCGAUGCCGAGAUCAGUGCACUGGGCGGAAGAUGUUCGCCUCUAUGCGGGUUGGGACCAUCACAUAUUUCUGCUACAUCCCUUGCAAAAGGCAAAGAGAGAGGAUACAUACGAGGGACGAGGAAUAAAUCGGAAGACAGGGGAAAUGCGCUCAAUACGAAAGCAAAGGAAAGACAGACUAAUCAGGAGCGGAGCGCAAACUCUCGACGGGUUGGUUCCCCGAUAAUUAGGGAACAAGGGCGCGAUUCUAGGACUCUGAUCGCGGCAAGCCCUAUGGAGAAAGUCGCAAGCGGAAGCGGGGCUAACCAUCAUAGCCACGGACGAAAUGCUACGCCACAUAGCGGGAUGCCUACUCCCUUGAUUCCACAGGGAAAGAGGACGAAGCAUGGUAGCUUCGAUUUUGAGCGGCCGGUGUCUGCUGGUGCCUCGGGUCAAACCAGUUUCAAACCUAUCAGAAAUCUGAACGGCGUUGAAGUCGGGACGUCGACGGGGGAAUCUGGGCUGCAAAGAAGUUAUAGUGCGCGAGGUUCCGCCAAUCGUCGAGUACACGUCCUAGAAGGCUCGGAGGAUUCGGAGUCACGUCGUGUCGCCUCCGUUCCGAUUACUAUACAAGAACGGACAAAGCCUGUGCUAGACGCGAAUCCCGACAAGGUUUCGCUAGCUCGUCGCACAACGGGGAGCUCCAGCGCGACGUCUAACCAUCCUCGAACACAGCCUACGCUUCAUUUACGGGCCCCCCUCACAAAGCUACCAAAUGGUUCGGAGACUGAUCCUGGGUCUCCUAUAUCGUCUACGCAUUCGGGAAACUCGUCAGGUUUAACUUCGAGCUGGGGCAGGAGCGCCGGUAAGCGCAUGGGACGUCCAGCACAUCCAGCGUUCAAAUUUGAGCCAGCGGUCCCCCCUAUACCUGGAUCUCCAGCUAGCGAUGAGCGCAAGCGGUCCAUCGCUAGCGGCGGCUCAUCUAGCCCAUCACCACUAUCGGGUUCCAAACAAGCGAGACUCGCAGGUAAAGGCCGCUCGUUGGAACUGGGCAUAGGAUUAUCGUGGGCACCGUCGAAGAUGCGAGAAGGGGCGAUGCUACGCACAGUUGGAGGAGCUAAGGCCAGUGCUACAAGUUCCUCGAGGACUCGAUCGAGAUGGAGGGGACCCCUCGCAGAUGAGGAUAGCAAACUUGGUGUUGCAUCAGAUGUGGCCGAGGCCUUUCGAGAAGUGCUCGGGGAUGCAGCAUAUGCGACUUUCAAGACUUAUGUUCACCGAUACGAUGCACACGCCAUACCGCUGGACGGACCUCACGGACUCAUUCAUCACGUACAACGACUACUUGACUCUGCUCCAGGGCUCGAAUCAGACUCGCGUCGGAAGCGGGCAUUAUUGGACACAUUCAUUCAUGUUGUACGGGAGAACCGUUAA